CAAAAGAGUUCCUCCAAAGCAAAUUGUUGCAACAGUGCUCAGACAGCAAUUGGACAGCGAGUCGCACGUAUCAAACAUGUCGAUAGCCGAGGCAUUCAAGGAUCAAGUAAUCUUCGUUACUGGCGGCACAGGUUUCGUCGGCAAGGCGCUCAUAGAGAAGUUGUUGCGCUCUUGUCCCGAUCUGGGCAAAAUCUAUGUGCUACUGCGCCCCAAGAAGGGUGUUGCCAUCGAGAAUCGCCUGGAAGACUUACUCAAGACCAGUCUCUACGAUCGUUUGCGUCGCGAACAGCCCCAAACACUGGCCAAAGUCGAGGCGAUUGGCGGCGAUUGCACCGAAUUGGGUUUGGGCAUCAGUCAAGCGGAUCUCGAACGUUUGCGCGAUGUCACCAUUGUCUAUCACUCGGCAGCCUCUGUGCGCUUUGAUGAUCCGUUGCGUGAGGCAAUUUUGAUCAAUACACGUGGCACGCAUGAGCUCAUUAAGGUGGCAUUGCAGUGGAAGAAACUAAAGGCGUUCAUUCACGUGUCGACAACGUAUUCGAAUCCCACCGAAUUGGAGGUAGAGGAACGCAUAUAUCCGCCAUAUGCCGAUUGGCGUACCACCAUUCAAUUGGCCGAGAAUUUCGAUGCCGAAACUCUAAAUAUCUACAAUCUCAAGUAUAGCAACUUUCAGCCCAACACGUAUACUUUCACCAAGAGUUUGGCCGAGCAUGUGGCCAACGAUUACAAAGAUCAGCUGCCAAUUUCCAUCUUUCGACCUUCCAUCGUGAUCUCAACGUUGGAGGAACCGGUGCCGGGAUGGGCGGAUAAUUUCAAUGGACCAACAGGAAUGCUGGUGGCCUGUGGCGUUGGCAUUCUGCGCUCCCAGAACUGUGAUCCCUACAUUGUGGCCGACUUUGUACCCGCCGAUGUGGUGGUGCGAGGUCUCAUCAUUGCCGCCUACAAGUAUUUGCAAGCGCCUCCCGUGAAGGAGCAGCCCAUCGAUGUGAUCAACUGUGCAACGGCAAACAUCUCGCCCAUCACCAUGGGCCAGGUGAUUGAGAUUGGCAAGCGUUACAUACGACAGAAUCCAUUUGAGAAAACACUUUGGUUGCCAGGUGGCAGCAUUACUCUCUGCCCCGUGUUGCACUUUGUGCGGUUUAUAACGAUGCACAUCAUGAUGGCCAUUGUGGUGGACUCUCUGUUGCGUCUGAGUAAUGAGAAGCCCUUCCUCUUGAAGCUGCAGCGUCGCAUCUUUGCCGCAUUCCAAGCCCUGCAAGUUUUUGCCGUCACCGAAUGGCAUUUCCAGAACGAGAAUUUCCGCGCUCUCCACGAAAUGGUGCCACCCAAUGAAGUUGCCGUCUUUGGAUUCUUACAACACUCGAACAUCAACUAUGUAGAGUUCUUCCAGAAUGGCAUUCGGGGUGCCAAGGAGUUCCUGCUGAACGAGAGUCCCGACAGCUCCAGCGGUGCCAAGUUGCGCAUGAAGAUCUUCUAUGUUCUAGAUUGGCUGUGUCGCAUCGUUGUCUAUGGCUUCUUGUUGCGUCUUAUUUACAGGUUUGUUAUGCGCACUUUUAUUGCAUAGACUGUCGUCGUUCCUGAAUUUGUAUCGUUUUUUUUUUUUGUAUUUUUUUUUUUGUAUCAUUAUUUUUAAUCAAUUUUAAUUUACGGCUAUGGUUAAAUAAAAGUACACAUUGUUUUUUUUAUUGAAAUUCGAAUUUUUAUUGCCGCGUUGUGGGCGCCCCCUAGCGGUUGGCAGUUGAUUGCGUGCUACUACUUUGUUAGAUGAGUGUUAACGAUAACACAACGAGAAGAUUUUAAAAUACCAAAACAUUUUACAUAAUUGUUGCUCUUCGGUGUAUUAAGAGGAGUCAUAUAAAAAAUCGUUACAAAAGCUCUCUAGUUUCAAUGUUAUUAAGCGCAACCAAAUGCUAUUCAAAAGAGGGCGCUCGUUGUGGUAUAAAAUAUUAAUAUACCAAUAUGAAGUGUUACCAGCGUGUGCAGUUUUGAAAAGUGGUAUAUUUCGAUGACGUGAAAUAGUAUAUUUACGCAAUGCAGCUUGCGGUCACGUUGUAAAAAGCGACUAAUUUUGCGUGAAAAAUGAAGAUAGAUUGAAAAUGAAUACCUACAAAACGAUAAUAAAUAAAUAAAAAAUGUGUGUGCAGCCUAAUUGAAAUUGCGCAAGUGUUAGAAAGAAGCUAAGCGUAGCUAACUGGGAUUAAAUAGGUGAAUACAAGUGCGAGAGCUACAAGCAGCGUCGUUGUCUUUUUCGCUUAUAACAUUUUUUGCGUGUAGAAUACUCAACCAACACACACAACUGGAAAAUACAAAACAAAACAGAAGUACAACAAAAUA